CUGUCGGAACUUAAUAGCGUGACAUCCAGCGGAAGUAAACAAUACAGGUGCUAGUAGCUUUAGCUGCAAAAAUGCAUUGAAAUAGCUGGAAGACGACAUUGUAUCCGUAGUCCAGCUAAUUGUUCCGUCGUAAUUAAGCAACGAUGUCUUCAGUUGAAUAUUUGAGAGAGUUUGUGAACGAGCGACUAACUGUUGCUGCUGAAGAAAUAUUCAGAUUUUUAAAAAGCACUAUCGUCGAGUACGAGGAAGAGAUUGAACGUCAGCGCAGACUCCUGGAUAACGUUUGGAAAGCUGAGAUGAAUUUAGACAAGACAGAGCUCCCACAGCAACAUGUUUGUACAGAGGAGGAGGAGGAGGAGGAGAGGAACUCCAGUAUCGCUCAAGAGGACCCAGAGCCUCCACAGAUUAAAGAGGAACAGGAGGAACUCUGCACCAGUCAGGAGGGAGAGCAGCUUGGCCUGAAACAGGAGACUGAUAGCUUUAUGUUGACUCGUACUUAUGAGCAAAGUGAACACCAGCUCCUCUUUAACACCUCUCAUGGAACUGAGAGCCGAGAUCAGAAUGGAGGCGAGCAUGGAGACUCGGGAUCAACUAUAAAUGCAGAACCAGACCCGGACCCAGAAAGGCAUCAGAAAAGCGAAAGUCACAGUAAUAUAGCAUACAACUCAAACUUUUCAGAGAUUCACAGUAAUACUCACACGGGUAGAAAGUCUUUCAAAUGUGACACAUGUGGAAAGGCUUUUGACUAUGAGUCCAAAUUGAAUGUACACCGGAGGAGCCACACAGGUGAGAAGCCAUAUUGUUGUGACACCUGUGGAAAAAGAUUUAGUCAGUCAUCUUCACUGAAUGUCCAUAUAAGACUCCAUACAGGUGAGAAGCCAUAUUCUUGCAAAACAUGUGGGAAAGGUUUCAGACGUAGCCAUGGCUUGUUGGUCCACAUGAGAACGCACACAGGUGAGAGGCCGUAUUCUUGCAAAACGUGUGGUAAAGACUUUCCAUUUGGAGGAGAGUUGAAAGUUCACAUGAGAAUCCACACCGGGGAGAAGCCAUACCUUUGCCAUAUAUGUGGGAAGAGAUUCAAUCAGAAAUCAGAUUUGAAAAAUCAUGCAAGAAUUCACACAGGUGAGAAGCCUUAUUCUUGUAAAACAUGUGGAGAAGACUUCACACGUAGUAGUGUGUUGAAAGUCCACAUGAGAACCCACACAGGUGAGAAGCCAUAUUCUUGCAAAACAUGUGGAAAAGACUUCAGAGUGAGGGGUCACCUGACAAUCCACAUGAGAAGAGCCCACACUGGUGAAAAGCCAUACCUUUGCAAGAUCUGUGGGGAAAGAUACUAUGAUGCUUCUCAUUUGGCAAAGCACAUGAGAUCACAUACAGGCAAGUAGCCUUGAAACAACAAGGACUCAUAACUAAGAUGCUGUAGAAUUGCAGCACUUGUGGGAAAACUUUUAGUCCAGUCAUACUUGGAAAAAAAAAAACUUAGCAUCAACACACACUGGAGAAACCAUUGAGCUGAAACUCUUGUAGAGAUGUGUUCACCUACUGAAUGAAAUAAACUUAAGUAAGCUA